GAAAUGUGUAUGCCGAUUCCAAAAUGUCACUUUGACUUACCAGCCAUAACAAAUAUUUAUUUAAUUUUUAUGUAACUUGGAAAUGUUUCAAUUUAAAUGGUUGCGAAGAUUCGUUCGGCGAAACACCAAUCCGAUACCAGAAUCAACAGCUGAACUAUGGAGACGCCGUCUCAGCAUUGGUUACGCUGUCAUUGCUUGGCAGGCUUUCGGACUUGUAUGCUAUAGCAUUUAUAAAGGCAAGAACGACUGGGCCAAGUACCAUGGUCUAAAAAGUGAUGAAGAACUUGCAAUGUCUCCAGCUCAACAAUUCUCAAAAACCUUGAAUGUCGAAAAAGGAACAAUCCUUCGAUUCAGAGGUUUUACCAAAGUCGAUGAAAUUCCCUUCGACAAUCGUAAGGACGAAGAAGAGAUAUAAAAAGGCAAAACAAUAUGAUUUCAAAAUAAUGUAUAGUAUAUGUUAAGUUUUUAUUGUAGAUACGAUACAAAAAUACACAAAAACUCAAGCUUAAAUGCCAAGUAUAAAAUGUGAGGCACUUUACUUCGUUUAACUCAGCGAUUAGACACUCCGCCGAUGCAAUAGUUUCAAGGACAUUAUCUAUCACACUUUUUUUAUUAAUUCCUAAAGAUAUAACACGUUAAAAGUAAAUAUAUGAAUAUCUCGAGUGAUGAUGAAUUCAAUACAA